GGCAGGGCGGCAAUUACGUACAUCUACACACAAAGCGGAGCGUAAAAACAGUCCCCACUUUUCACAGGACAGCCAGACACAGCAUGGCCAGCCAGCAGGACUCGGGGUUCUUUGAAAUUAGCAUCAAGUCUCUGCUAAAGUCCUGGAACAGCUCCUCUCCUGGAUACAGCAAGCCCCCCGUUUCUCCUGUGUACCACUCUCAUAGCGAGAGGAGCCCCAGGACCAUGAUGUCUAUCAAUGUGGACCCAGAGAGCCGCCCUGGCGAGUAUGUUCUCAAGAGCCUUUUUGCCAACUUCGCCACGCUUUCUGAACGCAAGAUCCGGCUUGUUAUGGCUGAGCCGCUGGAAAAGCCUUUAACUAAAUCAUUGCAGAGGGGUGAGGAUCCACAGUUUGACCAACUGAUCAGUACUAUGAGUUCUCUGGCAGAGUACUGCCUGCCCUCUAUCCUUCGCACGCUGUUCGAUUGGUACAGGAGGCAGAAUGGUGUGGACGAUGAAUCCCACGAGUACCGGCCGCGUUCCAGCACAAAGUCCAAAAAUGAUGAGCAGCAGAGAGAUUAUCUCCUGGAGAGGAGAGAUCUGGCCAUUGACUUCAUCUUCUCUCUUGUUCUAAUAGAAGUUCUCAAACAGAUGCCUCUCCACCCUGUCCUCGACACUUCGGUCCAGGAAGUCAUUGACCUGGCUUUUAAGCACUUUAAAUACAAGGAAGGGUACAAUGGUCCUAACAUGGCCAAUAUGCACAUUGUAGCAGAUUUAUAUGCAGAAGUAAUCGGGGUCUUGGCUCAGGCAAAGUUUCCUGCUGUGAAGAAGAAGUUCCUGAGUGAUCUGAAGGAGCUCCGUCAAAAGGAGCAGAACCCCUGUGUGAUCCAGAGCACCAUCAGUCUCAUCAUGGGUCUGAAGUUCUUCAGAGUGAAGAUGUAUCCUGUAGAGGACUUUGAGGCCUCUUUUCAAUUCAUGCAGGAGUGUGCACAGUAUUUCCUGGAAGUGAAAGACAAGGAUAUCAAGCAGGCUCUGGCUGGUCUCUUUGUGGAGAUUUUGGUGCCUGUUGCAUCAGCUGUGAAGAAUGAAGUCAAUGUUCCUUGUCUAAGGAACUUUGUGGAAAGUUUAUAUGAUUCAACGCUGGAUCUGUCUACUAGAAAGAAACACUCUCUGGCUCUUUACCCACUCGUCACAUGUUUGCUGUGCGUCAGUCAGAAACAGUUCUUCCUCAACAGAUGGAGUGUCUUCCUCAGCAACUGCCUUUCAAACCUGAAGAACAAAGACCCGAAGAUGGCUCGUGUAGCACUGGAGUCCCUGUACCGUCUUCUCUGGGUGUACAUGAUUCGCAUCAAGUGUGAAAGCAACACUGCGACACAGGGACGUCUUAACAAUAUCAUCACUACGCUGUUCCCGAAAGGGUCUCGGAGUGUGGUCCCAAAAGACAUGCCUCUCAAUAUCUUUGUUAAGAUCAUUCAGUUUAUUGCACAGGAAAGGCUUGAUUUCGCCAUGAAAGAAGUCAUCUUUGACCUGCUAUGUGUCGGGAAAGCAGCAAAAGCCUUUAGUCUUAAUCCAGAGAGGAUGAAUAUUGGACUGCGUGCAUUCCUGGUCAUCGCCGAUAAGCUGCAGCAGAAAGAUGGAGAGCCGCCGAUGCCCAACACGGGGGUCACUCUUCCGUCUGGGAACACGCUGCGGGUCAAAAAGACGUACCUGAGCAAAGCAUUGACUGAGGAGGAGGCAAAACUCAUAGGAAUGUUCCUUUAUUAUUCCCAAAUCCGGAAAGCCAUGGACAACAUCCUAAGACAUUUGGAUAAAGAAGUGGGCCGCUGUAUGAUGCUCACUAAUGCGCAGAUGCUUAAUAAGGAACCAGAAGACAUGAUCACAGGGGAGAGGAAGCCCAAGAUUGAUUUGUUUAGGACUUGUGUAGCCGCCAUCCCUCGCAUCCUGCCUGAUGGCAUGACCAAGCCUGAGCUCGUCGACCUGCUGGCUCGGUUGACCAUCCACAUGGACGACGAGCUGCGCCUGAUAGCACAGAAUUCACUGCAGAGUCUCCUGCUGGACUUCUCAGACUGGCGGGAGGAAGUGCUCCUUGGAUACAGCGGUUUCCUUCUUCGGGAGGUUCAGGACACCCAGCAGAGCCUUCUCCACUCCUCAAUCAAACUGCUCCUCCAGCUCCUUACACAGUGGAGGCUCGCUCUCCUGACAUCCAACAGGAGCACAGAGAGCGCCAACAUCUGCUCCGCUGAGUUACUACAGGGUGUGUCAGGAUCCAGACCCCGUGCUGAAGCUGCUCCUUUCUCGGCCGUGUUGCGAGCUCUCGAGGGUCUCGCUCUCGUCUUGCUCUGCUCCUGUCACGCUGCUACACGCAAACUAGCCGUGUCUGUACUCCGAGAGCUCCGCCUCCUUCUCCUCACGGUCUCGCACACCGAGGAUGAUGAGCGGCCCAUGCUGGAUGUACUGGACCAGGCGAGUGCGGUGGUGCUGGAGAGCUUUACACAUGUGCUGAGCGACUCUACAUCAGUUCCCUCAGGACACCAGGUGGACCUGCAGUGGUUGGUGGACUGGAGUGGGAGUCUCCUCAGCAGCCAGUAUGACGUGUGCAGUCCGUCGUCGGUUUGGGUGGUGGCACAGUGGGCACGAGACCCCUGGGCUCUUUGCCUGUUCAGCCUGCUAAAGCAGGAGCAUCUGCCCAAGCAGUGUCCUACAGCACUGAGCUACGCAUGGCCCUAUGCCUUCACUCGCCUGCAGCUGCUCAUGCCAGUGAUUGAUCCCAGCAACCCAGCAAAUACUAAAAGGAUGAGUGCAGUGGGUUCAGGUGACAACUAUGUGGCUCUGUGGAGGAACUAUCUGAUCCUGUGCUUUGGUGUGGCCAAGCCGAGCAUCAUGAGCCCUGGCCAUCUCCGAGCCUCUACUCCAGAGAUCAUGACCCCCACUAGUGAGAACAGUAGCCAUGAUUACAAGGUGGUGGGGACGCCGUCAGUAGCGUGGCUAUUAAAGCAGCUUGUUCCACUGAUGCGUUCCGAGAGCAUUGAGAUCACAGAGGCACUGGUGCUGGGCUUCGGCCGCACAAACUCACUUAUUUUCAGAGAACUGAUCGAAGAACUUCACCCUUUGAUGAAAGAAGCUCUGGAAAAGAGGCCGGAGAAUAAGAAGCGGAGAGAAAGAAGGGAUCUGCUGCGACUCCAACUGUUAAGGAUUUUCGAGCUGCUGGCCGAUUCUGGGGUUAUCAGUGACAGUACUAAUGGAGCGCUGGAACGUGACACUCUGGCUCUCGGCGCUCUCUUUCUCGAGUAUGUGGAUCUGACCAGGAUGCUUCUGGAGGCUGAGAACGAUAAAGACGUGGAGAUCCUCCGAGACAUCCGCUCCCACUUUAGCUCCAUGGUGGCCAACCUCAUACAAUGUGUCCCUGUGCACCAUCGGCGCUUCCUGUUUCCUCAGCAGAGCCUACGACAUCACCUCUUUAUCCUCUUUAGCCAAUGGGCCGGUCCUUUCAGCAUCAUGUUCACUCCCCUGGACCGAUACAGCGACCGGAACCAUCAGAUCACUCGAUAUCAGUAUUGUGCCCUGAAGGCCAUGUCGUCUGUGCUAUGUUGCGGCCCUGUGUUUGACAACGUGGGUCUCUCUCCAGACGGCUACCUCUACAAGUGGCUGGAUAACAUCUUAGCCUGCCAGGAUCUGCGGGUUCAUCAGCUGGGUUGUGAGGUGGUGGUUCUCCUGCUGGAGCUGAACCCGGAUCAGGUCAAUCUGUUCAACUGGGCCAUGGAUCGCUGCUACACCAGCUCGUACCAACUCGCCUCGGGCUGCUUCAAAGCCAUCGCCACUGUCUGUGGAAGCAGAAAUUACCCAUGUGACAUCGUAACCUUGCUGAACCUAAUCCUCUUCAAAGCAUCAAACAACAGCAGAGAGAUCUAUGAGAUUUCGAUGCAGUUAAUGCAGAUUUUGGAGUCUAAGCUGUGUGUUUACUCCAAGAGGAUAGUGGAAGAAAGGAGUAGCGGGAUUCUGUAUGGAACGCACAGACCCCUUCCCCCACUCUACAGCCUCUCUGUAGGCCAGCUUUCUGCCCAGCUUGCCAGGAUGUACCCAGAACUCACCCUGCCCCUGUUUUCAGAGGUCAGCCAAAGGUUUCCCUCUACGCAUGCCAACGGGAGGCAGGUGAUGUUGACCUACUUGCUGCCAUGGCUCAGAAAUAUUGAGCUAGUGGAUGGUGGUGUACUGCCAAUUACCUCCAGCCCUGCCCACCCAAUAGAGGAGAAGAGAAGGCGGGGUCUCUGUGUAGCCCCACCUUUAUCACACCUCCAUGGUACCGGUUGGGGCUCGGCACAAGCAACUUCACUCGUCCUCAACAACCUUAUGUUCAUGACCGCCAAGUACGGCGAUGAUGUGCCAGGCCCGGAGAUGGAGCAAGCCUGGAACGCCGUGGUCUCUAAUGAGAAAUGGAGCAGUAACCUCCGUACGACCUUGCAGUUCCUGAUCAGCUUGUGUGGUGUCAGCAGUGAUACCCUUCUCCUCCCACAUAUUAAGAAAGUGGUUAUCUAUCUUUGUCGGAACAACACCACGCAGACAAUGGAAGAGCUGCUGUUUGAUCUCCAGCAGACAGACCCGGUCAAUCCCAUGGUUGUACACUGUGACAAUCCCCCGUUCUAUCGCUUCUCAGCCACCAGCAAAAUAUCCAUUGCCACUUCUGGUACGACAUCCAGCAGCAAUACGGUUAUCGCCAUCCAGGACAACAUGUCUGACAGCGAAGACCCAAAAAUGGCAAAAGAAAGUGAGGACAGGCUGAAAAAUAUGAUGAGGGCUCAUAUCCGUCUUGAGUCUCGAUACAGCAACAGCUCCGGAGGCUCGUACGACGAGGAAAAGAAUGAGCCCCUCCCACCGUAUGCUGGUUGGCUGAUGAAUGUCCUGGAAACCAAUCAGCCGCUGCCUUUACCCAUGCCGGCUAACGGAGGUUGCUGGGCCCCUCUGGUCGACUUCCUGCCUGAAACGGUGACCCUGCGCGGUCCGUUGCACAGGAGUAAUAUAGCUGUGAUCUUCAUGACGGAGCUGGUGGUGGAUCACAGUGUGAAAGAGGACUGGAGUGUUCACCUGCCUCUGCUGUUGCAUGCUCUGUUUCUGGGAAUGGACCACUGUCGGCCCGAGGUGUUCGAGCACUGCAAGCAUCUCCUCCUGCACUUGCUCUUCACGCUUUCCUGCAGCAGGAGUUUUCCUCUGGUCUCCUCCAUGCUGAUGCACAGCAAAAGUCUUGGCACCCGACCCAACUACCAAACUGAGUUCUUCUACACAGGUGGCGUGGAUUUCCUGAGGGAUGCCCAGGCGUCUCCGGUGCCAGACUCUGGAUUAAGCUCCUCGUCAACUUCCUCGAGUCUGAGUCUGGGAAGCAGCAGCAGCAACCUGCCACACUACUCCACUGAAGAGUCGGAGACUCUGGAGAGCAGCACUGACACAGAUGAGAAGAGCAGCAAGCUCGUGGAGUUCCUCAGCACCCGGCCGUUUGGUCCGUUGUGGUGUCAUGAAGACAUCAGUCCUAAGAACCAGCACUCAAAAAGCACAGAGCAGCUCACCAACUUCCUGCAUCAUGUCAUUUCUGUGUUUAAAGAAUCCAAAUCAGGUUCAUGUUUGGAGCAACAGCUGAGUGAAAUCGCUCUGCAGACAGCUCUGUGCAGCUCAUCCAGACAUUACGCCGGCCGUUCCUUCCAGCUGUUUCGUGCUCUGAGGCAACCGCUUUCAGCUCUGGCCGUGUCUGACCUGCUCUCUCGCCUUGUUGAGGUGGUGGGGGAACAUGGAGAGGAGGUGCAGGGUUAUGUCAUGGAGCUUCUCCUAACGCUCGAAUCCGUAGUAGACAACCUCGCGGAGUGCCUGAAGAACAAUGAUUUAAUGACCGUUCUUACAAGGGCUCCUUCUCCAGACCUUCCUGCUGAUGGGAAGCUAACAAUGAACAGAAAGAGCACCAGUCAAAUGGAUUUGGUUCCUGGCUCCGGAACAACAUCUGAGCGAAUCCGCCACCAGCGAAGCUACUCUGUGCCUAAGCGUUUUGGCGAGGCGGAUCGAUCCUCGGAAGUCCCUCGCAGUGCAACCCUAGACCGUCUACAUGCCCACGCCCAUCGGCGACCGGGCAACCUGACCAAGCUUCACUCCCACUCCUCCACCUCCUGCACUGACACACUCUCUCUCAACCCAACCAACGCCAACCAUCCUCGUAACCUCCUCGCCACCAUCUUCUGGGCAGCCGUGUCCCUCAUGGAGUCUGAUUUUGAGUUUGAGUACCAGAUGGCGCUGCGCUUGCUGAGCAAGCUGCUCACCCACAUCUCUCAGGAGAAGCAAGAGUACCUUGAAAAGUUGGAGAAGAUCCAGAGCCAGCUAAGGUGGAUUGGAUUCUCCGGGCUCCAACAGCUUCUGCUCAAGGGAUUCACGUCGGCUUCAACCACAGAGCUCACGCUGCAGCUUUUCUGCCAGCUCACGCCCAUCUCCCGUCUGCCUGUAGUGGACACCACCCAGUCCAUAGGUUUCCCUUUAAACAUCCUCUGUCUCCUCCCUCACCUGGUCCAGCACUUUGACUGUCCCACUCAGUUCUGUAAAGACGUGGCUGAGAGGAUAGCUCAGGUCUGCCUCGAUGAGAAGAACUCAAAGCUCUCUAACCUGGCCCACGUGAUGAUGCUAUACAAAACACACUCGUACACACGUGACUGCCUGUCCUGGGUCAAUGUGGUGUGUCGCUACCUGCAUGAAGCCUUCAGUGAAAAUACUCUGUGCACGGUGACCUACAUGGCUGAGUUGUUGGAGAAAGGUCUUCCCAGCAUGCAGCAGAGCCUCCUUCAGAUUAUCUACAGUCUGCUUACACACAUGGAGCUUAGUGGCAUCCAGGCCAGGAGCUUCAACACUGAUGUUCUCAACACCAUCGAGAAGUUUGUUCAGACGGCGCACUGGAAGGAAGCUUUGAACAUUCUGAAGUUAGUUGUGUCUCGAUCUGCCAGUCUGGUUCUUCCCUCGUCUCCUUCCAGCAGCAGAGUCUCGCAUGUAGACGUGAGUCGCGUGUGGGACGCGGCAUCCAAAGCGCUUCCCGGAAAAACGCUCGAUUUCCACUUUGACAUCUCAGAGACUCCGUUAAUUGGCCGGCGCUAUGAUGAACUGCACGGCUCUCCAGGUAGGGAUGAGAAGGUUGGAGGUGUGGUGGUCGUGACCCGCAGCACCUCUUCUACCUCCUCUGGAUCCAACAACACGAACCACGUGCUGGUUCCCGUCAGCUGGAAACGGCCGCAGUCAUCUCAGAAAAGAACAAGGGAGAAGCUGGUGAACGUGUUGACUCUGUGUGGACAGGAAGUGGGGCUGAGCAAAAACCCUUCAGUGAUCUUCUCAUCCUGUGGAGAACUAGAUUUGAUUGAUCACCAGCCAAGUCUGGUGUCUUCAGAGGACGGGAUCCGGGAUCCAGACAACAUGGAUGACACGACCUCCGAACAGCAGUUCCGUGUCUUCCGUGACUUUGACUUCUUGGACGUAGAGUUGGAGGAUGGAGAGGGGGAGACGGUGGACAGUUUUAACUGGGGGGCAAGGAGGCGUUCUAUAGACAGUCUGGACCGUGUGGAACAACGCAUUCUAGAGGAAGAUGAGAGUCAACAGUCAGGCAGCUCACCCGGCCUCAGACCGAUCAUCCGCCAUGACUCUGAUGAGUCCUCAGAAGAAGACUCUCUUACUGUCAGUCAGAUCCUGGCCUCCUCACAGCUUAAUGUUAUGAUGUCCCCCACUGAGAAGGUGAACCACAUGGACUCACUUCCUUCCUUACUGGAGCCUGUGCCAGCCAAUCCCCUCUCUCUGCCCCCAUCAGUGCCUGGUCUUCACACCUCCACGCCCGAGGACUCGACCCCACGGACCGAGCUAUCGGCAGAGGACGAGGACACGAGCCUCCAUGAGGAUGAGAUCUCCCUCUGCAUUACCGAGCUUCCCAGUGGCUUUGACCGCUCUGACAGUGUGUCUCUGGAUGCUCAUGGGGAGGAAAAAGAUGAUGUGAGGCCCAGCUGUCCACCAAGAAGUCGCUUUGGGGAUCAGCACAGUCCUGGAGCGAUGGUUGAAGAAGACAGAGAGGAUCUCCUGCUUGACUCUCGUUCCUCCUCCCCCCCUCCAUCUCCCUUCUUCUCUGCCAUUCUGGCUGCCUUUCAGCCGGUGGUGUGUGACGAUGCUGAGGAGGCCUGGCGCUGUCACCUUAACCAGCUAGUGGCCGACACCGACGGCUCCUGCGCCAUUUACACCUUCCACGUCUUUUCUUCGCUCUUCCAGAGUAUCCAGACCAAAUUCUGUGCCCUGACGUGUGACGCUGCCGGCUUCCUCAGCGACGGACUCCGUGGCAUAGGAGCGAAGUUCGUCAGGUCGUCGCAGAUGUUAACGUCGUGCUUCAAGUGUCCCACUCUGUUCAUAGAUGCCGAUACAAUUGUCUCCUACGGACUGCUGGAAAAAAUGAAGUUCAGUGUAUUAGAGCUUCAGGAAUACCUGGACACCUACAACAACAAGAAGGAAGCAGCCAUUUCAUGGCUGCGCAACUGCAAGACUACUUUUCCGAAAGGUUCAGCAGACGGGAUCGUCACGCACCACAAUUCCGAGGUUGAAGAGAAGCAAAUGGAAACUCUUGCACAACUGGAGCUGUGUCAAAGGCUGUACAAACUCCACUUUCAACUGCUCCUGCUUUUCCAGUCUUACUGUAAACUGAUCAGCGAAGUCUACGCGAUCAGCUCCGUCCCAGAGCUGGUAAACAUGUCCAAAGAGCUGGAUGAACUUAAGAGUAAACUGCGAGCAGCAGCAGCUUCGGUAGCAGGAGAGCAUUCAGUGCAACACGCUUCCAACACAUCCACUGAUCCCUCGUUCAGCUCGUCUGAGGCGGCUGUGCAGGCCAUCUUAGAGAGCUUGAGGAACAACGAGUUCUCCACAGCCAUUCUUUACAUUCAGGAGUGCAGGAGGCUGUGGCCGAGCGACAUCUUCGGCACCAAUUCGGAGAACGAGACCCAAACUCUUCUGAACAUCUACUUCCGGCACCAGACGCUUGGCCAGACGGGCACAUUCGCUCUGGUGGGCUGUAAGCAAGACUUGUCUGAGGCCUGUUUACGUCUCACCGAGCUUAACCACGAGAUCAGGGACAUGAUCCGUCGGGCGCAAGGCUACAGCACCAUCACGGCCUUUCUGCCCGACUCCAGUGUCACUGGGAUCAGCCUCUGAGGUGCUGCUUUUCCACUGGAGAUCCACAGACGCUGCUGAACCGACUAUCAUCUGUCCAUGUUGGACUGUGUGACAAUCUGGUAUAGGCUUAAACCUUGGCCUUGAGUAUUGCACUAAAAUUAGUACAUACUGUAUGAAGUCACAGGGUCAUGUUUUUGUGUUUUUUUUUUUUUUUUUUGCCAGCUGGCAAAACCAAAGCUUCCUGAACGCCAGUGUUUGGCUCAUGUCUACCAUUGUAAAGGAAAAGGGAAAAUGUGCAAUGCUUUAAAAAGACUUACUGUAUUGCUUAUGAAAGAUUGUUUUUAUUUUUAUUGUAUUCAGGCUACUUAAAUACUGUCGCAGGAUAAAUGCUGUAUUUUUUUCUCUUCAUGAACAUUAAUGAAGAUGAUUUAUUAUUAUUAUUUUUGCCCAUAUGUGGGAAAAUGACCAUGAAGCACCUCGAUAUCAAGACUACACACAUAACACACUCACAACACACACGCUAUACACACACAUACACCAACUCAGAGCUAUGUUGCUGCAGUGCUACUGUCUGAAUGACACUACUUAAUGAAGAUCCGUUGUUUUUGGGGUUUUUUUUUUUUUGGUUUCUACUGAUGCAUAAAAAAUAGGUUUAUUUAUAUUCCCAAGACAUCCACAUGCUUUGGAUGGUAUAGUUUUAUAGAAGGAAACCUGGCAUGCAAAUGUAUGCACCAUAGGAAGAGAACAGAGAUAUUUAUGAACUAUAAGAAACUAUUUUAAAUCACAAUUGCGUGUGUACAUACUGUAAUAGUAGUUGUAUGUAUGAGUGUUUCCUUUUUUUUUCUUGCUUUCUAUUUUAUUCAGCUUAUUGUAUGAAAUGACUCAGCAGACCUGUGCGAUUCGAAAGCGACGACACGGACAUGCUACGAUUUGUUUAAAUUGUAAAUACUGUUUUUGUGCUUUCAGUUGUGUUCUUUAAAGCUCUGCUGGAGAAUAAACGUAAAUUAAUUACGUGUCAAUGCACAAA